AUGUGGCUGUCAAGACUAAAGCUUUCAUCCUUCCCAAUUCGAAGAUUCUCCACUUAUUUCACAAAAGACCACGAAUGGGUUGCCUACAACAAAACCGACAGAAUAGGCACAGUGGGAAUCACUGAUCACGCCCAGUCUCAGCUUGGAGACGUUGUCCAUUUAGAUCUCCCUACAAUUGGUGCCCAUUUCAAGCAAGGCGAUAUUAUUGGAGUCGUUGAGAGUGUCAAAACAGUCGCUGAUGUAUAUUCUCCUAUAUCUGGAAAGGUUGUUGAAGUGAAUUCCGGCUUAGCUAAAACGCCUGAGCUCGUUAACCAGCAGGCAGAAUCUGAUGGGUGGAUUGCAAAAAUUAGACUCGAUCAGCCUGGAGAAUUAGACAAAUUACUAGACAGAGUCCAAUACGACAAACUUUUGGAGGAAGAGCAGCAUUAA